GCCAUUUCAAUCAUAUGUCAUGUCAAAUCAAUCAUUUAAAUAUAGUUUCUUGGAAAGAAGAAAAAGCUCAUCUCUCACAGCUAUGUUAAGUAUUUGCAUUGAUGAAUUCCUACCUCACAAUUAUGACAACUAUGUGGAUGAAAAUAGAAGAGCACACUCAUCUUAUAGAAAAUAUAGUAAUAACAUUCCUGUGUAUUUAGUAAAUCGCCCACGGCCUUUAGUAAAACACUGCAUGAAAAUGAUUGAUAAACUGCAAGGCAUAUCAUUGGAUGGAAUAAAUACUGUCACCAACAGAUUGUACAAUGUUGCAUCAUUUCAGUCAACAAGUAGAGCGGUUUACCAAUGUUAUCUUGGUGAUGCGAAGCACUUGCCUACCUGUUCAUGCCCCUCUUGGUUUGAUAGUAUACAUCCAUGCAAACAUUUUUUUGCAGUUUUCUGUAAAAAAAAUCUCUCGCGGUCUGACUUUGAUCCCUCUUAUGGCAACUCUCCAUAUUUCAUAUUAGAUCCAUUGUUGGAUGAAAAUAAUUAUUCAACUUCAUCUCAUGUUCAAGAGUCAGCUGAACUAAAAAAUUUAAAAAAUACUCCUGCCAGUGUGAUGUUGUUGCCUAGCAACAUUGCAUCUGCACCAUAUGAACAUAGUCAUUCAACUGUAUGUAGUCAUUGUAUGAAUGUAAAUAGUAACCCCACUCAGAAUGCAGACCAUGAUAAAAUGCAAUCAAGUCAUCACUCACCUGCUGCAUGUCGUGAACUCUUAACUGAAAUAAUAAAAUUGACGCAUUUAGGUCAAUCUCAAUUAGCAACAGAUAAUUUAUUUGAUGGUCUCUAUAAGCUUAAGAUUGCAUAUGCUGAAUCUAUUACAAAAGAACAAGGUAUUAUCCUGCGUCCUGACCCAAAAUCAAAUACUUGGAAAAAGUCUGCUUUAAAGUUUCCUAAUCUUGUCAAUGUUCCAGUUCGACACAAGAGGAAAAUGACUAAAAGAGUAGGUGUAAAAUAUGAUACUAUGAAAGCUGCUUCAAAUAUAAGUGUUAAAUCAGAAGUUAAAAAUAACUUUUGCGAAUCAGAGAUUGUUUCAAAUCAAGUGAUAGACGAUAGUUGUGAAAUGUUUGUAGUUCCCGCUGAAUCAUUAAAAAUUCAACAAGUAACAUAUACUGAUUGUCACGAGCUGCAUGAAGUUCCCACUGAUAAUGAUUGUGUGCAAUUGCAAACCACUGUUCAUUCUAUUAAAGAAUUUAAAUCCUCUCUUAUCGGAUAUUCUGAAAGGAAUGAGAUAGAAAAUGGUCUAAUGCUGAAUGACAAUAUCAUUAAUUAUUUCCAACAGAUGAUGUCAGUUCAGUUAAAUAUUGAUGUUGGUUUGCAGGAUCCCAUUAAAGGAAAAGUUCUAUCGUUCAAUGUCGUUCACAUUGAAGUAAUAAGAAUAGCAACCAAAUAUAAAUUUAAUACUAGACAGUUUCCUGGUCGACUCUUGUCUUGGUUGGCGCUCAUCUUCUAAAAACGAAUCAAAGAUCGAUUGGUUUGAAUGUUUCGAAUGCAUAAAGUAGAAGAUUAGUAAAUAUUUGUUAUUGUUUACCUGAUGAUGAAGCAUCUGUUUGUUUGUAUGAUUCUAAAUAAAAGUUACACUAAUAUAUUUCAAACAUCGGUUAUAAACACAUUAAAGUAAUUAGAAAAGCAACCAAAUAUAAAUUUAAUACUAGACAGUUUCCUGGUCGACUCUUGUCUUGGUUGGCGCUCAUCUUCUAAAAACGAAUCAAAGAUCGAUUGGUUUGAAUGUUUCGAAUGCAUAAAGUAGAAGAUUAGUAAAUAUUUGUUAUUGUUUACCUGAUGAUGAAGCAUCUGUUUGUUUGUAUGAUUCUAAAUAAAAGUUACACUAAUAUAUUUCAAACAUCGGUUAUAAACACAUUAAAGUAAUAAGAAAAGCAACCAAAUAUAAAUUUAAUUCAAGACAGUUUCUUGGUCGACUCUUGUCUUGGUUGGUGCUCAUCUUCUAAAAACGAAUCAAAGAUCGAUUGGUUUGAAUGUUUCGAAUGCAUAAAGCAAAAGAUUAGUAACCAAUCUGAAGUGGUGGAACCCAUCACAACUCGUGUUCUGCUAGAAAGAAAAUAAUUUUUCCAAUUAUGAAGCAUAAUAGAGAAACCAUAACCAGAAAGUUUGUGGAGCAUAAGAUAGUGAGGAGUGUGUCAAAUGCUUUUUCAUAAUCUAUAUACAAAGCAUCUGCACUAUAGUCUCUUGCUAUUGAGUGUGACAUUUGAUCGACAGUUUCCAAUAAAUUGGUAAUGCAUGAUUUAUUUGGAACAAAUCUGUGCUGAUUUUGAGAUAAAAGAUUAUUUGCACAUAGAUACUGAGUUAAACAAUCUUUUACAAUAUGCUCUAAAAUUACUAUGAUAUCAUGUAUUAUAAAUGAUAUGACGUGCUAUAUAUAAUAUGAACUUGAUUUGAA